CAACAGCGGCAGCUGCGCGUGGGCGGGCGCGCUCCUGUGGAAUUCCAAUAAUUAGCCGCUUCGCGCGCUAGGCUAACGAGAGCCUUCACUCCAAUAACACACACAGCGGAAUGCCUUUAAACCGGGGGCUCUACCGACAUCGCGUACACGGUCGACAUUAAAAGUGAUGCAUUUUUAGUUGUUCUGAAUCAGUUAAAGACCAAACAGCCAAAUAAAACGCGGAAAAGAGAGGCAUGGAUGUUAGCAGGCUAACGCACAUUAGCCAGAGGCCAGAGAGUUAAAUAACAGAUUGCAUGCAGUCAAACACCGACCUUAUAACAUUUCAUUUUUAUUAUCUACUUCAAAACUCCUUGGUUUUUUUCGAACUAGACCACAAUCUCCGCAACUUCCUCAAUUCUGAAACUUUAGGUGCGAGGUGCUUUUUAUACUGAAGAAAUUAAAAUGUGUGAAGCACUAGUAAUAUAGGCUUAAUGGAGUUGUUUAUUUAUCAGCGUUUUAAGUGCUUAAAAUGUAAACUCUAAAUGUUGUUGUGUGUGAGCUGAGCUCAGUGCUGUGUGUAAAGAUGGAGGAAGUCGUAAUAUCAGGGGAACUAGAUCAUUAUCAUUAUGGGAACUAGGGCAUUAUAAUCAGACUCACUAACUGAACCCUUGUGCGCUCUUUGGGUACGACGGAGCUAAAGGCACACAAAAGGGAAUCGGUGGAAGGGCUGAGAGAAAAUGACUACCUCUUGAUUCAUUCAUGCCGGCAGUGGACCACAAUUACCGCCCAUAGCCUAGAGGAGGGCCAUUAUGUCAUCGGACCGAAAAUCGAGAUCCCUGUCCAUUAUGAGGGCCAGUUUAAGCUGCUGGAGCAGGACAGGGACAUUAAGGAGCCUGUGCAGUACUUCAACAGCGUGGAGGAAGUGGCCAAAGCAUUCCCUGAGCGAGUUUAUGUCAUGGAGGAAAUAACCUUCAAUGUCAAGAUGGCAUCAGGAGAAUCCAAUGAGGACACGGAAGUCUACAACAUCACACUGAGCACUGGGGAUGAGCUGACACUAAUGGGCCAGGCUGAGAUCCUCUAUGCCAAAACAUCGCGAGAAAAAUCACGUUUCAACACUAUCUUAAAGCGCAUCGGCAAGCUUAACUCCAUCAGUAAGCUUGGCCGUGGAAAGAUGCCCUGCCUUAUCUGCAUGAACCACCGCACCAAUGAGAGCAUCAGCCUGCCUUUCCAGUGCCGCGGUCGCUUCAGUACCUGCUCCCCACUGGAGCUGCAGAUGCAGGAAGGUGAACACACUAUUCGCACAAUCGUGGAGAAGACCAGGUUACCUGUGAAUGUCAUGGUGCCCAGCAGCCCGCCACGUAAUCCGCAUGACCUCCAUUUGAUCCGCGAAGGCCAUCGAUACAAGCUAGUCAACAUCCAGACUAAGACAGUGGUGGUGUGUUGUGUGUUACGUUCGAACAAAAUACUGCCAGUGCACUUCCCCUUGCACGUGCCUACAGCACUGCCACGUUUACUGGUGCCUGAAGGGCUGCUUCAAGGAGAAGCCUGGCUGGAGACAGUGGUCCACCGCUGGUUUGCUUACUGCCAGGAGCAGUUCGACAUUGACGACUACUCUAGGGCAGUCCGAGACGUGCGGGUGGACUGGAUCGAGGAUGGAAAGAGCCCGAAAAAAAGUAGCGCCGGUGGAACGGGAAUCUGCAACAGCAGUGGAAGCGGGAGCAAUGGCUGCCCCUCACAUGUGCAUUUGCCAAGCUCUCUAAGCUCAGCCCGAGAUGAACUGACACAGUCAUUUCAUCGCCUGUCUGUCUGUGUCUACGGAAACAAUCUCCAUGGGAACAGCGAGGUGAAUCUUCAGGGUUGCGUUAGCUUAUGUGGAGAUUAUGGGCCAGUAGAACCACCGGAUGCAGAUUAUCUGCUUCCUGAACUGCUGGAGAGUUCUUCAGGCUCCCUUAAACCAGAUGUGCCAUACGAGGAGCUUUGGAUGGAUCAUGUUAAGAAUCCUGGACCUGUGCUAGACCACACUGAGGGUGUCCGGGGAAACUCUACAGUCUCUGGCUGCACGACUGUACUGCCAUUCUCCACAGCAGGUCCUACAAGUGCACUGUUUGGCACAGAUGUCAAUCUACCUCCACCUCCGGUGCCUCCAAAGUCUGAAGCUGUGAAGGAGGAGUGCCGAUUGUUGAAUGCUCCACCGAUUCCACCAAGGAGCUCCAAGCAGGCAGGCUCAAGCAGUGCCACAGUGCCAUACCCUCCUGCCAAGCCACGUCAGACAGAUACCCGCUCCCCAAGCCCAACACUAUCCUAUUACUCGUCCGGCUUACACAACAUAAGUGGAGAGGGUGAAUCUCAGAGUGAAUCAGAUGAUCAGAACCAUGCAUGUUACCCAUGUAACUGGAUCAGACCAGAUGCCAAUGAAGGCUCCAAGCCUCUCCCUUGCCUCAGUCCUUCGGUAGAUGCCUCUUUCUCCCGCCUUUCCUGGCCUAACGAUUUCUGCGUGGGUGACUCGUCUAAAGGUGAGGACUUCACGUCGUUUCACUGCCGGAGUUACUCCAGUUAUCCUCGGAAGAGGACCCCUGGUACUCCUAAGGCUUGUCCCUCAGGCUUGUUAGACUGGCAAGCAAAUUGUGAUGGGAGUGCUGUGGCCUCCAAGGCCCAAAAGUUUUCCCAGUCUGCCCAGUUUUGCACCAAGUCCACCAGCUACACCAUGGAAAUGUCCAGAGACAAAUCAACAGAGGAAUGUAACACUAAUCAAAGCCAGUCCUGCCCUAUCUUGCCUCCAAGAACCCCUAAAUGUAACGAUACAAAGAAAGAUGCAGAGUGUGCUAUUACAGCCACGGCUGAUGUGGACGUUCUGGAACUUGAGUCCAAAAGCUGCUUGCUUGAAAGAGAGCAUCACGGCACUACAGAUGUGUUCUCCAUUUCCUGUCCUGUAGCUACAGGCUUGUCUUGGCAACCACCAAGUAAUCUAUCAGGUAUCUCCAUUGAGGAGGUUUCUAAGUCACUACGGUUUAUUGGUUUGGCAGAUGAUGUUGUCUCUUUGUUUGUGCAAGAAAAAAUUGAUGGAAAUUUGCUCCUGCAGCUAACAGAGGAGAUUCUGUCAGAAGACUUUAAGCUUAGCAAACUUCAAGUGAAGAAACUCAUGCAGUUUAUUAAUGGCUGGAGGCCCAAAAUGUAAGGCUGAACAAGUAAGCCAGUCUAGAGCAAAACAUGUAAUGUGCUGCAGUGAUGCAGCAGCAAAUAUGGGCCUUCAGUAUUGCAUUAGACAGUUUUGUAUCUCAAUGCUAUGCAGUCUUGUAAUGAUUUUAAUAGCCAUUCUGUUUAAUAUAUACAUGUAUAUAAAUCUAUAUAUUGAUUGCUUUGUGUAUUAACCUGUACCCAUCUCUGUAAUCUCUCUGACCUUACGGUACCUGCACAACAGACUUUAUUUGCUCUAACCCAAAGCCUUUGAAAAACCUGAAGGUAUUCUGACCCAAUCCAACUGUGGCCUAAGUUUCUUUUGUUGUUGAUCAAUAAAGAUGAUUGACAAUCGAUUGGGUAAUUUCUUUACUUUAACAAAUAUAACUUUUUGUUUUACCAUAUGUAAGGAAAAAUUGAUGACGGGCCGUUGAAUUAUUCCGCUGAUACUAUGGUUACUACACCUCAAGACAUUUGUCAGGUUUUUGUCCUUAAAAUGCUCAUGUGUAGGACUAAUUUCUUAUGCAUCUCAUUCCACACCUCUGUUGCUAAUUCCAAAACAUAAUUUUAGAGCUAAUGGAGGUUUGAGCCAUUGAUAGCAGACUAAUGGAGUUAUUACAGUUUUUUUCAACUGCUUAUCACACACAAAAUCACAAUUUCUGAAACCUGACACUCAAAUACCAGAACCACACACCAAAUUUGCAAAACCAUACACUAAUUCUUGGCCUUCAACUCAGUUUUCAAUUUCAUGAAACGACACACAAUUCUCCAUGUAACACAAAUCUAACAGGAAGUUUCUUGAUUUCCUUUUUCUAACACAACCAUUGUUUCUGUCCAACUACGCAUGGUUGAUGUAUUUUUCUUUCAUACUGUGUAAUACUGUAUUCACAGCCACAAAUGCUUACAGUAAAAAAAUAAAUAGUUUGGUUUCAAUCUUG